AUCCGCCGUCCCUCCACACAACAAAAGUGCUCCGAUGCGGUAAGAGCACAAGCACAGCUCCCCAACACCUCCGGACUCAUGUCAAACCUCCAACAACCGCCCGCCUCUCCCUUUGUCCCGUUCUCGCCGAAUCCGUCGAUCCAAUCCGGCAUGCCGACCCAGACGACACCGCUCUCGGUCUCGCAGAAGCCGACGCAGCUGGGCUCCUCGAACCUCCGCUUCGCCUCGUCGCGGAAAUCCAUCUACGACCGCCACCUCAACCGCACGCAGCGCUCGGAGCUAUCAAAGUCAUCGUUCGCCUUCCUCUUCGCCGAGAUGAUCCAGUACGCGCAGAAGCAGGUGGCCGGCAUCCAAGACCUCGAGAAGAAAUUAAACACGCAAGGCUACGCGAUCGGGCAGCGACUUCUCGAGCUGCUGCUUCACCGUGAGGGGCGUUCGGCGAAGCGGGAGACUAGGGUCCUCGGCAUCCUCCAGUUCGUUGCGCAAACGCUGUACCGGCACCUCUUCGGCAAGCCCGCGGACGGCCUCGAGAAGUCGCGCGAGAACGAGGACGAGUACAUGCUGAUCGACCACGACCCCGCGGUCAACAGCUACAUCUCGGUGCCGAAGGAGAUGGCGCAGCUGAACUGUGCCGCGUUCGUCGCGGGCAUCAUCGAAGCGGUGCUGGACGGCAGCUUGUUUCCCUGCAGGGUCACCGCCCAUAGUGUCGCCUCCGAACAGUUUCCCGCGAAAACGGUGUUUUUGAUCAAGUUUGAUGAGAGCGUGUUGGAGCGUGAGGCCGUGCUGCAGUAGGUAGAUGGGCUGGGAGCAGGCGGAGGUUAAUGUUUCUUCUUCUUUCUUGGCGGUGUCUAUCGACUAUCUUUCUUCUUGAUGG